AUGGCUGAACUUGAGCCACCAGAUCCUCAGAGUUUGCAAAGGGGCCCGGACCUAUGUUGUAGUGUUCGAACGGAGUGUUGAAAAUAAUGAACGAGAGCAACGGAAAUGCAUAGUACAGGAGUAAGGACGAGGACAGAGCCCAACCAAUUGGGACACCUAACUCGCCUUCUCAGUGUUGAGCAAGAACGCGAAAGGAAUGAUCUUCAACGAACGGGAACUCUGAUUUCGAGGUGUGUGACGUACAUACCCCUGCCCCGAGUAAUUGUCCUUUGUAUGUUUGCAGGAGGAAUCUCAACUGCACUGUCAAAAAACGCGUUCAUAUAAAGUGGAGGAUGGUCUCCGGGAUUGAUAGGCGAUCAUGAAGAUGGACCUCAGUUCGUCAGCGCUCUUUCACUAUAUCGCCGUGCACCUGGUCUCGUCCUUAUCA